GGUGGUGGCAUGUUUUUCUGUAACCGCAGUUACGGCAGUCGAGCAAAAGCAAGUGAAUAUAGCUCUCGAGACGGUAAUGAAGUUCGGCAACAAGAAAGACCAACCGCCAGGCGUUGACGUCAUUGACAAAGUGCAAACCGCUUUGGAGAAAAUAAAAGAAGGCAUUGAACUCCGGAAUGGUAGAAGGAGCAAUACCCAUGACAUGACAUUUACUGACUUCGUAGCACAAGCCGCUAAGAUACUUAAAAAGUACAACGAUAAUGACCUUGAAGACGCAUUUGUUGUCUUUGGAGAUGAAACAAGAAGAUACAUCAAUAAGAAUAGUGAGCUACAUGAUUUGUUAGGCAGUGGUAGUAUGAGAAGACGUGUCAGUGAACAUUUAGACAAUAUGAGAGAAAUGGAAGCAGAAAAGUUGCGCGAGCACUUAGAAGCAAUCAUUUCUGCAGUUGAAAACAAAAAAUAUAACGGAGAAAAAAAUGAUCUACUUGACAUCGGAGAUUUCGUGUACAUCGGCGGACAUGACAAAUUGCGAUCAGUAAUCAGAGAUCUAGAAAAGUUGUCAAGAUCUACAGACGUGCGCUUAGAAGACGUCCUAAAGCGUACAUUGAGAUCUUUAAUUUUCGAUCAUUUUAAUAAACUAAACGAUAACAUUAAGCGUGAACUAAUAGAGAUGGCCAAAGAUUAUUGGAGAGUAUAUGGUAACAAAAAAUGGAAUAAAAGAACACGCACAACGACAUCUUCUACAAUGGAAGUGGAUGAAGAUAAAGAAGAGAAACACCCUUAUAGAAACAGUCUUAGUUUUAAAGCACAGAAGGAACAUGAAAUGAGGGGUGUACGGCCAAUUUUAAGAACCAGAAAACCUCAUAACGCUACCCAACAUGUGAAUAAAAGGUAUAAAUACAGAGACAUCAUUAAAAAAGACCGAAAAGCUGUCACGGCGUUUACUAAAUUACACAAAUAUAGGGAUACUACUAGAAUAACUCUUUCCGAUGAAAAGAAAAGUGCAUCUGUCGAACUUGAGUCUGACCACAAAACUGAAGAAAUCGUUGAAGAUAAAAAACUAACAAAGCCUCAUAACUUUGAUGUCUUUCUCGAUAAAAAACAUUUAAAAAACACAAUGAAAGGAAGUAAGUUCACUCCUUCGUUUGCUGAAAGUAAACGGCCAAAACAUUCAAUAGAAAAUGAUGAAAAGCUUGUAGAUACACCGAAUAACGAUUUGAUGUUGCUAACGGGAGGACAAAAAGCACAAAAAGUUGACUUACGUGGUGAUACACCUGGAGAUGUAUAUAAUGAAUAUGAAAAAUCAGAAGAAGCAAAAGAAGACCAACAAGUGUCGAAAGAAUCUGUCACUGACAGUACUCGACCCACGGCAGUGUAUAUAUCUGUAGAAAGGUUCGUAACGAAAAGGAAGAAACAAAUGCGGACGGCAAAGGAAUACAAAAAUGAUGAAAGUAAUGUCACUGAUUUAGUAGCGCGUACAUCCGGCGAAGGUUUAAGCACAGGUGACUUGGAAAACAUCAGUGAGGUUGAAACUGAUAGAAAGAACCUUGAACUUAGUAAAUACCGCGAGCUAGAAAAGAACCGAACACUCGACGACAACAACAGUGAGCUUGAAUACUAUCCGAAACAGACAAUGGACAGUGAAUUUAAUAACGAUCCUAAAAUUGAAAGAAAACACAUGGUGGAAAAUAUUAAAAAUUAUACAUUAAACAUUAAAAACUCAGAAUAUGUAAAUGACCGCGAACCUAAACAGGAUCCUAAAAUGAACGGACUUAUUAAGGAAACUAUCAAAAACGACACAAUAAAAAUGGAGAACUUAGAAAUUGAAAGCGAGUUGGAAAACUACCAUAAUAAUAAAAAUGUUAGUAAUCUUCAAAACCAAGAUAUCAGAAAAUAUAACUUGAACGACACGUUACAAAUGGCGCUCUCAGACUCCUCCGAAACUGACAGCGAUAUCGAAAACGAACCAAAACUUAUAAAUGAUUAUACGACGGAAAAGAAAUUAAAUGUAAAUGAUGUUAAAUACGAAAACCCAAAAAACAAUAAUUUAGACAAUGACAACCGCAUUGCGAGAAACAGUGAACCUAUUAGCAAAGAUGUCAGGAAAUAUAUCGUAAACGAUACAUUACCAAUAGAUCUUCCAGAAUCUCGUACAUACGUGAAAAACAUGAUUCAUAAUCUAGAAAAGCAAAUAGAGGAUGUCAAAGAACAAGUGGACUACGUAAAAAAUCUAACUUAUAUAGAUGACAUAACGCCUGAGCAAACACUAACUAUCAACGGUAAAAAAGUUUCCUUCAGAUCGUCAUCCAAGUCAAAAACGAAAGCUCAUAUCAAAAAUUCCGAAUCAAUUGAAAGAGAUAAUCGAGAAUAUUUCUCACGUGAAAAUUCAGAUAUUGAAAGUAGUAUUGAAAUUAAUAAGACUUUAGAAUUCAGAACUAAUGAUAUCAAUAAAAUCACAACAGAGUCAAAGACAACAGAGCCAAAAACAACACAACCACAGAUAACAGUACAGACAACUACAGAUAUAUCAAAUAGUGAUAAAGAAAGCAAAAUCAACUAUUUAAUAAGAAAACUGAGAGAAAGUGCUACAGCCAGAAGUGUUCAUGAAGAUAGUCAUGAAAUAUUCCAUGAUGGCCAUAAUGAAUUUAAUGCGAGAAAAUCAGAAGAUCCCACAAUUGGAAGAAAAUCACUAAAUGUCGAAAUAAAGAAUGGUACAUCUUCUACAAUAAAUAUGAAGUUGAAUGAAAUAGAUACUACUACAGAAAAUACGACGGUAGUUAGAAUAAAAAGGGAAUAUUAUCUGUGAUUUAAGUGAAAUUGAAAAAAAUAAAAACCUGACCAGAUAUAUAUGACUAUUGUCAAGAGGGCGCUGUUAUUAUGAUGUAUGCAGCGACAGUUCAGUAUAAGUAGUAUCAUAGUAUAAUAAAGAGAACUAUCGUACAGUAUGGCCACUCCAACUCCUCGCUGAAAUUGCCACCAAAAACCCUGACCUGUCAUAUUUCACUCAUACAAGCAUAGUACGUGUUCACCUACACGAGCUUAGACUGUGUGCUGGGGACGCGCCUCUUUCAUAUAAUGAUCUCCAGUG